UACGUUAUAUGCGCAGGAACUACCACCUUCUGGCUUUAAACGCACGCUUCCGCCGCCCCCGUAUGACAUGCACGCCUGAAUAAUAAUCAGGGAAUGCGGUAAAGGGCAACUAAUAUUCAUAUCUUUGCUAAACUAUGACAAUUAUGUAGUAAAUACCAUGCGAAUGCAGUCCAGUCCCGGAUAGAGCGAACCGGCGGUGUUAACAUCGCAGCGGUGGCUUGGACGACUAGCGCUGCUUCGUCAGGGCCUUUCCUAGCUUAUAGCUUACAACUCGCUGGGCAUCAGUGGAGCGGCACCAAGCUAGCGGCAUUAGCAACGCCAUGGCCGCAGCUAAGGGCGAAAAAGCGCUGGAGGAGGAGCUGCUAAAGCUCCUGCGGCAACACCCAGAUGGCAUGACGGAUGAUGCGCUGCAGGCCGCGCUGCCCUCCAUCGGGUUGCAGGAGCGAGUCCACGCAGUCAACUCGCUGCUAGCAGCCAAGAGGAUCCAGCUGCUGCGCACCAGCAACAACAAGAUUGUGUAUAAGGAGGUGGCGGCGGAGGAGGUGGCCAAGUUCCGGGGUCUGUCCACGGAGGAGUUGCUGCUGUACCAGUGCAUCAAAGCAUCCGGGAACACGGGCGUGUGGACCAAGGACAUGCGCAUCCGCACCAACCUGGCUCAGCCGCAGAUCACCAAGAUACUCAAGGUGUUGGAGGGCCGGAGGCUGGUGAAGAGCGUUAAGAACGUAAACAACCCCUCCAGAAAGGUCUACAUGCUAGCUGAGUUGGACCCCAGCCGGGAAGUGACCGGGGGCGCAUGGUACACGGAGAACCAGUUCGAUUCGGAGUUCAUCCACGUGCUGCGGGAGGCGUGCUUCUCCUACAUCCAUCGGCAGGGGGACGCGUCGUUGGGGGCCAUCGCGGCGUUCAUACGAGCAAAGGGCUUCUCAAAGGUGGAGUUGCGUACGGAGGACAUCCAGACUAUCGUCAUGACGCUAGUGUACGACGGGCGAGUGGACGAGGUGGAGCCCGAGGGCGAGGACGACAACGAGGACCACUACCGACCCGCGGUUCUGUCGGUGCCCGACUCCACGCCGCUCACGGAUGUGCCGUGCGGCGUGUGCCCGGUGGUGGGGGAGUGUCAGGAGGGGGGCGUCAUUUCGCCGCAGACGUGCGUGUACUACGACAAGUGGCUGGAGUUCUGAGGAGGAGGAGCCGCGUCCCGACGCUGUGGGAGCAGCGAGGAGGGCAGUCAGGGGGGCAGUCAGGAACAACUAGGGUGUCCGCCCGUGCCCUGUAGUCCGAGGAUGACCCGCUUACCGGUAUGCAGGGGCUGUGAUGCCGUACACGAAAGGUCGUAGCAUGCUGGAUGCGGGUAGGUGUGCAGCCGUAAGCGGCUGCAUAAUCACCAUUGGCAGCAUCCGCGUGGGUGGUAAUGACGAUGGUGGUGACCGAAAGAAGGGAACUUGCCUACCUGGCUUUGCGAAGGCCAGUCUCCGCACAGUUUUUAGGAAUGAACAAGAAGUAUAUCGUUUCAUGGAGGGCUGCUGGCCCAUGGGUCGCAAGGUGCGCAUGCACACCCUCCCUCCAACUUGGAACUUGCUGUGCGCAGCUGGGGUGUGUGGAGGGGUGUUAAGAAAACUGGCCGCGAGUAGGAACGUACUGUGAGGAGGUGUGUGUGUUUUGGCUCUCGGCGGGUUGUACAAUUGCUGCUGUUUUUUCUGUACGGUGGGUCCAGGGAAGGCUGGUGAAGGGGAACGAGGCCCGCCUCCUUGGUGGCAGCUCAAGAUACAUCGCAGGACAACAGGAGGCGCCCCGCGUCUGGCCGCACUACUCCUAUGGCAGAUACCAGCAGUAGAGGUUAUCCUGGCUAUGACAGGUACUUUUAGGUGACGUUUUUCAAGCAUAUUAGUCACCUACCUACGGCGUUUAAGAAGCAAGGGGCUUGGUAAAGGCUUUGCUGAUGGUGCGCCGGUGCCUGAGGUGCAAAAGCAGCUACGGAGAAAGGAGAAGCGGACGAGGGGGGGAAUGGUUGUGUAAUUGGCAGUACCGCCCAACACGUAGUCUGGGAGGAGUAGCCCUUGCUUUGCGGACAGAGCGCCUAACCAUGCACCUCAACAGCAGGGUCUCUAUCCU